UGCUAUGACGGUCACUAUGGUAACAUGGACUCAAACAGCAUAUGGACCGGCUGCAUCAGGAACAUCGUUGAAGGGGACUCUGACAUCAUAGCAGGCGCUCUGACAGUGACGGCAGACAGAGAAGACGUGGUGGACUUCACCCUCCCCUACUACGACUUCGCAGGUAUACAGAUCGUCAUGAAGAAACAAAAUCGGCAAAUCAGUUUGUUCUACUUCGCCGACGUCUUCACUCCUCUGGCCUGGCUGUGUCUGGGCGUGGUCAUCGCAGUGACCAGCAUCAUUCUACUGUUGAGAGCAUCUGGUUCGUGA